AAAGGAAAAAGGAAUGAAUUUGAACAGAUUCUGACCCGGCCCAUCAUCCACAACAAAAGACCGAACUGACCCCAUUUCAACACACCCACACACACUCUUCUGGAAUCAAUGGCGCUGCGAGAGAGGAGGGAGGCGCUGGCGACUGCCGACGGAGGGCCGCCGGAGGUCACUCUCGAGACUUCCAUGGGACCUUUUACUGUUGAGAUGUAUUACCACCACGCUCCCAGAACCUGCGAGAACUUCAUCAAGCUCGCUCGCAAGGGCUACUAUAACAACGUCAAAUUCCACAGAAUCAUUAAGGAUUUUAUAGUGCAAGGAGGUGAUCCUACUGGAACUGGAAGGGGUGGCGAAUCCAUCUAUGGGAAGCACUUUGAUGAUGAAAUACAUAGGGAACUGAAGCAUACGGGAGCUGGUAUCAUAUCCAUGGCAAAUGCUGGUCCAAAUACAAACGGAAGCCAGUUCUUUAUAACUUUGGCACCUGCGCCCUCCCUGGAUGGGAAACAUACGAUAUUUGGAAGAGUAUGUAGAGGAAUGGAAAUUGUCAAGAGACUUGGCAGUGUUCAAACCGAUAACACAGAUCGGCCUGUACAUGAUGUGAAGAUACUUCGCGCAACUGUUAAAGAUUAGCUCUUUACCACAUCAAGUUCCAAUUGGCUAGCUCCCGAAGCCCUCAAAAUACUCAUCCACUGGUGGAUUUUGUCUGAAGUUUAUUUUCAGAUAAAGAAAAAAAAUUGCAUGUGGUGUACUUUUCAAGGCCUUGGAUUUCCGCGUUCGGCCAUUCUGAUAUUUGCCAUGUUACUCCGUCACACAUUAGAGGCUUUCUCUGGUUCUGAUGUGCUGCUGUGAAACCGUAUAAAUGUAACCAGAACAGUUCUCCUCUAUGCCACUAUGCUUCCUGAUAAUUUUGUUGUAUGGCAAGUCUUUAACUACAGAUUGAAUUUUCUGUUGAGCACGGGACUGUAUUCUGGGUGCCCCUCAGCACUAAACAUUUGAAUAUCUGGUCUCCUCGCGUUGGCUGGAUAAUAAAAUCUGUCUUUUAUAA